GCAAAAAAUUGAAAAACUAAAAUCAUCACAUUUGAUUAUGGCGUGGAGAAAAGAAAACCUCUCCCGCCACUGAAGAUUUCUGUGGCUGACUGACCAGUUAGCUUGGACUCACACUCUGAUAUCCAUCUACAAUCACAUCAUCGCAAAUUCAUCAAUUCUAGGGUUCAUCUUCAUUUCCAAUUCCAACAAAAUCAAUGGCUACAACAACCCUACAAUCUCUACGAUUUCCUUUUCAUCCAUCUAUCACACCCCCAAAUUCUUACACUUUCCCCGCCACUACCCUUCAUUACUCCCCCAAAUCGAUUACUUUCAAGGAUUCAUUUCUCGUCACCCGAAACAAACGAGGGUUUUCUUCCAAUGCUUCGAGUUCUCAGUACAGUCCCACUGUUGCGGAAAAUCUCGGUGAUGUUAGUAUUUUCACCGCUGCCGGUGAACCUGUCAUGUUCAAAGAUCUUUGGGACCAGAAUCAGGGAAUAGCUGUGGUGGCACUUUUGAGGCACUUUGGAUGCCCAUGCUGUUGGGAAUUGGCUUUGACGUUGAAAGAAACCAAAUCAAGAUUUGAUUCUGCUGGUGUCAAGCUAAUUGCAGUAGGUGUUGGUGAACCCAAUAAAGCCCGUAUGCUAGCGGAACGAUUACCAUUUCCAAUGGAUUGCCUUUAUGCCGAUCCUGACCGCAAGGCAUAUGAUUUUCUAGACCUCUACUAUGGGUUUGGCCGCACUUUCUUCAACCCAGCCAGUGCAAAGGUGUUAUCGAGAUUUGAUGCUUUGCAAAAAGCGGUCAAGAACUAUACAAUAGAUGCCACUCCAGAUGAUAGGAGGGGUGUGUUGCAGCAGGGAGGGAUGUUUGUGUUUAGAGGGAAAGAGCUAUUAUAUGCAAGGAAAGACGAAGGGACAGGUGAUCAUGCUCCCUUAGAUGAUGUUUUUGAUGUUUGCUGCAAAGCUCCUGUUGCUUAACUGUACUGUAUAAAUUGUAAAUUCAUAUAGCAAUAGGAAUGUCCAGUUUAAGAAGAGUUGUGCUAUUAGAAUAGGAUUCACUGUGAAUCAUACAAGAGGCAACAUAUAAUAAGCUUUGGAUAAAUGGUUAAAUGUCAUAUUUAACUAUAUUGUAACAAAACAUGAGUUAGAAAUGGCAAUCCUCACACAUGUAAGCAUAUUUCUUAUUUUAAUCAUUAUGAAUGAUUAUAAGGAAGCUGUAAAUUGUUUUAUUUA